CCAAGCGAGGCUUACAUUAUCGUAAAUUAACAUGUAGAUAAUCAUAGAAAGUCGAAUCUAAGUAUCUCCCCUUCUCUCUUAUAUAUUAAAUCUCCUCCUCUACCCUCUAUUUUCACAGCUUAAAUUAUACAUCGAUCAAAAAAAGAUUCAGAUAUUUUGGUCUUGGAUAUACUCAGAGAGAGACGAAACAGACGAUCGGAGAUGGCAAAUUACGCACCGGGAAAUGGUGACUUCCCGGCGAUUCCGACUCACGGGGGCCAGUUCAUUCAACACAACAUUUUCGGUAAUCUUUUUGAAAUCACGUCGAAAUAUCGACCUCCGAUCACUCCGAUUGGCCGUGGCGCCUACGGCAUCGUCUGCUCGGUGUUGAACUCGGAGACGAACGAGAAGGCGGCGAUAAAGAAGAUAGCCAACGCUUUUGAUAAUUAUAUGGACGCCAAGCGCACCCUUCGUGAGAUCAAACUGCUUCGCCAUCUGGAUCACGAAAACGUCAUUGGUAUCAGAGAUGUAAUUCCUCCACCUCUACGCAGAGAAUUUACUGAUGUCUACAUUGCCACGGAGCUCAUGGACACUGAUCUUCACCAUAUUGUUCGUUCCAACCAGGGUUUGUCAGAGGAGCAUUGCCAGUACUUCUUGUACCAGACUCUUCGAGGAUUGAAAUACAUACACUCUGCUAAUGUUAUUCAUAGAGAUCUGAAACCCAGCAAUUUAUUGGUAAAUGCAAAUUGUGACUUGAAGAUCUGCGAUUUUGGUUUAGCUCGGCCAACUUCAGAGAACGAGUUUAUGACAGAGUAUGUUGUUACCAGAUGGUAUCGUGCACCUGAGUUAUUGCUCAACUCCUCAGACUAUACUGCUGCGAUAGAUGUGUGGUCUGUAGGUUGCGUCUUUAUGGAGCUUAUGAAUAGAAAACCUCUAUUUCCAGGCAAAGAUAAUGUGCAUCAGAUGCGCUUAUUGACAGAGCUUCUUGGCACACCAACUGAAUCUGAUCUUGGGUUUGUCCGGAAUGAGGAUGCAAGAAGAUACAUCCGGCAACUUGAUUCGCAUCCUCGUCGGUCGUUAGCUGAACUUUUCCCACUUUUUCAACCGCUGGCCAUUGAUCUUGUAGAUAAAAUGCUGACAUUUGAUCCCACUAGAAGAAUUACUGUUGAAGAAGCAUUGGCUCAUCCAUACCUUGCAAGGUUACAUGACAUAGCAGAUGAACCAGUCUGCCCAGAGCCUUUCUCCUUUGAGUUUGAGCAACAACCCUUGACAGAAGAGCAAAUGAAGGAUAUGGUCUAUGAGGAGGCUUUAGCAUUCAAUCCAGAAUAUGCAUAAUAUUAGGGAAAAUAUAUGUGAUAUCCAGAUUUUUAUUUUAAUGUUCCUUUAGCACUACCAAUCCCGAUGCCAUUUGCGGCAAUGGGAUCACUGUCACAGAUUAAACAAGAAAUAUCAGCUUUUGAUGGUCUUUUGUAUGUGCAAA